CGCCGUGUGCUACGGAAGUUGGAUCUACGCUUGUUACCUAUCGCAACAGUGCUGUAUUUAUUGGCAUAUCUCGACCGCACAAAUGUCGGAAAUGCGAAGAUAGCGGGGAUGACGACGGACCUGGGAUUGACUGGUGUGCAGUUCAACCUCAUAAGUGCAUCAUUCUACAUCCCAUACUGCUCGCUCGAAGUGCCUGCGAACGUGGGUCUCAAGUAUUUUCGGCCGUCGAGAUGGAUCCCAUUCAUCAUGACUUGCUGGGGUAUCGUCGUCGUUUGUACAGCGUUCGUGAAGAAUUUUGCAGGCCUCCUGGUUAUACGAUUAUUACUUGGCGCCUGUGAGAGUGGACUAUGGCCAGGCCUCUCGUUUUGGCUGGCGCUAUGGUAUCCGCGGGAAGCGCAAGCGCAGCGCUUCGCUAUCUACGUCGCGGCAACGAAUCUCUCAGGGGCGUUUGGCGGGCUUCUCGCCUACGCGAUCGAGAAAAUGAAUGGUAUCGGUGGUCUGGCGGGGUGGUCAUGGAUUUUUCUUCUAGAAGGGCUAGUCACUGUCAUUAUCGCGGUUAGCUCAGCCCUUGUCAUGCAAGACUUUCCGGACACGGCGACCUUUCUGAGUUCGGAGGAGAGAACCUGGCUGCUAGACACCCUGAAGAAAGACACCGUGAGCUCCUCCAAGGAGCUGAAGCACAAGUUCUUGGUACAAGCCCUGCGCGACCCCCAUGCGUAUUUAUUCGCUAUUGUCAACUUCUUCAUUGUUAUACCGCUGGCGUCGUUUGCAGUUUUCCUGCCGACAAUCAUCGUCGGAUUGGGCUAUUCGUCAGUUCAUGCCCAAUUACUCUCCGUUCCUCCCAACAUCAUCGGUAGCAUAUUCACUGUUAUUGUCGGUGUGGCCUCCGACAAGGCAGGGGCUCGUGGACCGUUUAUAUUCGGAUCCGCCCUUCUAUCCCUCACUGGAUAUGUCAUCCUCUUCGCCACAGAGAUCCCCAUUGUGGGAUACGUUGGUACUCUCAUUGCCUCCUGCGGCCUCACUCCGGCCUCUCUGUGUACACUGGCUUGGACAGCCGGUAACGCGGGAGGGGAUGUCAAACGGGGUGUCAUGAUCGCCGUCAUGGGGACGAUAGGCAAUUCAGGAGCGAUUGUGUCUUCGUUCAUCUACCAGUCACAGGAUAGUCCUAGGUAUCACCCCGGACACGCCACCAACAUCGCAUGUACUUGCAUUACUGCUACUCUGAGCAUAGUCGGAAUGUUAGAGUAUGCUAGAUUGAGUAGGAAGAAGAGCCAACAGUGCGAAAAGGAAGGCAUAGGACUGGACAGGGCUGAUGAGUUCAGUGAACUCGGAGAUGGCUCGCCACUCUACAGGUAUGGACCCUGGAUUCAUGUGGCGUCCACUACACUGACCGCCGAGAUACCGGCAGAUAUACUUUCUGAACGACACACACAGCGUUCCGCGUCGAGUCGGAGGAGUUCGAGAUACCAUUUGGAGUGCUGAUGGUCUCCUCAUGAUACGCUGUCGAGAGCUGGUAUUCAGAUUAGUAUACCCGUGCUAUGAUCCAUACCAAAAAAACCAUUGACACGUAUGCAGAGCAGUUGUGUAGUGCAUGUUAUACAGUAAGCCCCGGCCCAACGUAGCCGUGCACUUUA